AUGACCUUCAACAAGAGAGUAUCAUUUUUAGCGAUUGUAGUUGCUGUGUUGGUGUGUAACUUUAACAUUAGUCAUGUCAGUAGUCAACAAAUACCUCAAGAAGAACUCGACUCUGUAAAAUGGAUGAUUCAACAAGUUGGUAAUAAUCUACUACCACUUGAUGCAACACUAUGUAAUGCUAAACCAUACGUUAAAUGUACCAAUGAGAACAAUGUACUUCAUUUUACUGAAUUAUACAUCAAUGUAACGACAUAUGUUAAUAUUGGUUUACCUGAUUCUAAUGUGGCACAAUUCAAUCUACCUUAUUUGAAGAUAUUAGAGUAUAGAACAGCUGAUCAAGUGGCUGCUACCACUGACGCUCAAUUAUUUAUUGGUCGUGUCAAAAAUAUGCCUAACUUGACUCGUUUAGUAAUUGAAAAUGAUCCAUCAUUGGUAUUAGUACCAUCUGACUUUCCAAUCAAUUGUCCAAAACUAACAGAAUUAUACCUUUUAAAUAAUUCAUAUUUGACAUCUAUUCCUGGAUUCUUUAAUCAAUCAAAUUUGGAGACUAUUGUUAUUACCAAACCAUUGGUAUCAGUGUCACCACUAUCCAAUAUUUACCUCGAUAGUUAUAUUCAACUUGUCCAAUUGAAAAAUCUGACACUUCGAAUCAACCCAACUGUAGCCAAUAUAACCCUUUUAUUUGACGUAAAUUCAUUUCCUCUAUUGACCAAUUUCGAUCUCUCAUUGAAUACUUCUGUACAAAACACCUAUACCGUUACUUGGAAUUCUCCUGCUCCAAAUCAAAAUAUUCGAAUUGAAUCCUAUAAUGCAGAAUUAAGUUUUGUUGAUUUUUCUCCAGCACUUUUACAAUCAAUAGAAAUAGUUGGACCAAGGGCAUAUAUUAAUCCAAUCGCCACAAACGCAUAUACAAAAUUGGCAAACAUAACAUACUCAUCAAAUGGUAAAUUUGAUUUUCCAUUGAUAUCCAGUUGGCCUCCUGCACUCAGAAACCUUAAUUUUGUGAAUAAUAAUUUAAAUUCAUUCCCAUCUGUGAUUUUACCAGCAGGCUUGCAGUCAUUUAAUUUAGAAAAUUCAAAAAUUAAAUCACCAAUUAAUGGAUCAAUUUUUACAAAUGUAUUACCUGGUGGUGGUAAAUUGAAAUUGAAUUUGAAUAAUAAUCCAGAGAUGACUGGUGCUUUACCAGAUUCAUUUUGUUCACUUGCAAGUUUGGAACUUUUAAACACUGGUAUUACAAUCUUUCCAUCUUGCUUUAAAUGUUUUAAAGAUGUAUAUCCCAAUAUUAUUAAAAUCAAUACUCCCAUUCCACAAAUCAUUUGUGGUCCAACAUUUACUACAACAAACAACUCUUUAAUUAAACUUGGAGCGAUUAUUCAGAUACAAGGUAGUUUACUUGGAUGGGGAAACCCAGAUUACAAUAUUCAAGCGAUAGUUCCAAACUCCCAUUUAUUGAUGACCAACAAUGUAUUGGGACUCACAUCUGUUACAUUUGCUUUGAAUCCAUUGACACCACGAACCACCUAUACUUUUGAUGUGGUAGACACGACCAUUAAAGUAAAGUAUGGAAUGGAUAUUCAAUCGACAUUUAUCAAUUCCCCUCAAUCACCAUACUAUGAGGUGAAGGUGUGGUUUGAUUAUAUCAAUCCCAAUGUGCAACAAUCUAUCAGGUUUAAUGGACAACCAUGUGCCAUUCGAUCGAUUGGUACCACUUCUGUGAUUUGUCGAAUGAAUUCAUUGCCCGAUGGUAACUAUACACUCAUCGUAACAAAUGCCUAUAUGACACAAUCCAUCCAAAAUGCAAAAGUCACCUCUAUCACUUAUCCAGUCGUGUCAUCUGCUCAGUUGACAACUGUCGACUUUACAACCACCACAUUAGAACUAUUUGGUUAUUUUGGAAACUCUCCCAACAUUGUAAACAUACUUUUAAAUCAAACCAUUCAAUGUAGUGGUUCAAUGACCAAGAAUUCAUCGUAUAUCCUCUGCACGGCCGAUCCAAGAAAAUUAAUUACUCCAGGUCCCCUUUCUAUAUUGGUUACUGUCGAUUCAUCGAGUGCUGUACUCAACAACCUUGUAUUCAUUCCAUACCCACCUUCAACCAACCUAAAACAAAAAUGUAUUGAUGAAACACAAAAUUGCUACGGUCAUGGUGAAUGUAAUGACCAAGGAAUUUGUAUAUGUCAACAAGGUUAUCAAGAUAAUUGUAAAUUAAAAGUUGAACCAAAUGUAACAUUUGUAAAGAAUGAAACACAACCAACUGCUACUUUUCAAUUGGAUAAUUCAACAACAUUGGAUGAUUAUAAAUUUGAAUUUUCAAUGGUAUCAAUUGAAGAGAUUGAUAGUGACAAUAAUAUAGUCAGUCAAUUGAUCACAAAUAAUUGGACAGUUUCAUAUGACAAUAGUACUACAUCUGUUGAUCGUUUAGUUUAUACUCUUAGUCCAUCACCGUUACAACCAUUGGUAACGAUUCAAACAACUAUUGAAUUUUCAAAUAUUUCAAGAUCUGUCUUGUUUGGAGACACUUUAUUAAAUGUAUCAGCCAAUUCAAUCAAGAUUGGUGUUAAUGUUACCAAUUGGAAUUUCCAAUCAUUCCUUACACAUCUUAGAAUUGUAUUUACAACUACAUUGGAUGCAGAUCAACAAUCAUUUGUUGAGAAUUGCCAAGAGACUCAAAUACCAAUAUUCUCAGACGACGAAGCAUCAACUGAAUCAUAUCUUCGAGUAAUCAAAGGAUCAACACAAUUCUAUGGUAGAUUCCUUUCCUAUUCCUAUUCAAAUGGUAGAAAGACAUUUACAAAGAAUGAAUUUAUCAAUCAAACUCGUAUUGUUGGACAACAAGGACAAGAUGGUAAUUUGUACACUGCCUAUAUUGGUAUACAUGUACCCCAAUGUUCAUCAUGUUUACUUGAUCCAGAUUUCAGUGCUUUGGUAACACCAAAGAAUGAAAAUACUGGACACUGUGGAGAUGAUAACGACAACUCUCAAGUUUGGAAGAUUGCAGUUGGUGCCAGUGUUGGUGGUGCCGUCUUUAUUGCAUUACUCAUUGGUACUAUAAUCUAUUUAAAAGACAGAGGUGUUCAACAUGAAUCAGAGCUCAUCCUUUAUACUUUCACAGAUUCUUAG